AUGGUCGUGCACAUCACGAACCAGCACGAGGGGGUCAAGCCCGAGGACAUCGCGCGGCAGUUCAUCGGGCAGCGCACGUACGCGAACUGGCCGUUCUUGCAGGAGGGCAAGGUCGUCGCGGUGUCGGACGCGCUGUUCAAGUACGAGCUGCUGAGCGUGUCGCCGGGCGCGCCCCCGAAGGUUGUGAGCAGCCCGCACUCGCAGGCGGGGCUGGGGCACUGGAAGACGAAGGCGGAGCGGAUACAGGAUGUGUACUCGAAGCGGUGUGGUGUCUUGACGGGCGAUGUGGAUAUUUUGCUGCAUGUCCGUCCGCUGAAAGGGCUUACGCGGCUGGACACGGGCGCCUUCGUCAAGGACUACGAGGGCCCGGACAAGGAGAUCGAGACGGCGCUGCAGAUGGCCGUGUCGCACGUUGUGUCGGAGGACCCGCGGUACAUGGAGCGCGAGGCGCCGCCCCUGGCGGAGGAAUUCCCCGAUGGCACGAAGAUAUUCUUCUUGGGCGAGCACGCGUAUGGCGUCGCCGCGCAGGUCUCAUCUACAACGAAGGAUACCCUGUCGGUCAUCCUGGCAUUUUUCCCGACCGAGAAGCAGGAGAACGAGAAGUUCAAGGCAAUUGUCGACCACCGCAAGUCGGCGCGAUACCUUCCAUCGUUCCAGGUCGCGCAGAUGCUGGGCAUGUCCGGGCGCGCACUGUCCAGGAUCACGUCGAGCUUCAUGGUCGUGACGUCGGAUGGGAAUAAGACGAACCUCGGCUUGAGCCUUAAGUUCGAGGCAAAGGGGAUGAAGGUUGUUGACUAUUCGAGGAAGAGUGGAAGGAACUGGGAGUUCAGUGAGAAGGCCAUUGACCUGCUCCGCGAGUACAAGCAAGCGUAUCCCGACGUGUUCAAAGCUCUAGAUCAAGACGGAGAUGCUAUGGCUCGUGCAAGCGACGUUCUUCCGGGAGAGAACUCCGACGCUCGCGUUAAGGAGGUCAAGGCGUGGUUGAAGAACAAGGGUGUACGGGACUUCGAACCUGUCACGCUGUUCUGUGAUCAGCUUGGCAAGGAGAUCGUCAAGGAGAUAGAGACGCUCGCGGACGAGUUUAACGCAUCCAAAUCAACCUCGGGCUUCAAGAAGGCGAUCGUCAAGGCCAUCCCGCGCCAGGCAGUGCUGAAGCCCGCGCAUGCGCCUUAUCGUCUGCAGAACCAGAAGUUCGCUCUCGGCGAUCGUGUCACGAUGAUCCAGGACUCGGGCGCGGUGCCACUUUCGGUCAAGGGCACAGUCAUCGGCCUGAACGCAAAGUCGAUGGAUGUGGUGUGGGACGUACCGUUCAUGGCGGGGACAACGCUGGGGGAUCGGCGAUACCGCGGCUCUACGGUCGAGUUCAACACUUGCUUGAACUUAUCGAACCCGCAGUUCGUUGCGUCAACGAACCCCAAGACGCCUGCCGCGCCCGUACGGACUGGUCAGUUCAAGCCACAGAUCGGUCCUCGCCCUGCGAUUCAGCCUGGUGCAGGGCAGCAGCCUGCGGCUGGGUUCCGUCCCGCGCCUCACAGAGGAGGAGGCGUUCAAAUCAUGGCGAACCCCAACCGCGGCGGACGCGGUGGCAGCAGGGGAGGGCCACCUAACCGUCCCUUCAACGAGACUGCGCAGUUGCCGAAUGGUUCUGAUGCGGCGCCGGCAGCCGGGCGAGGAGGACCUACUCCUAGGGGCGGUCGCGGUGGCUUCGCGCCUCCCUUCAGAGGCAGAGGUGGCUUCGUGCCCGUGUUCGACCGUGGGCGUGGUGCACCGAGGGGUAUGAACCGCGGCAGGGGACGAGGAUUCGCACCUCCCUUGCAGUCAUAA